AAUUACAACAUUGCCAUCCGGUCACACUGACUGCCCCGAAAUAUUUUUAGCAACUUUUUAAUUGACAAUUGAUAAACUAAAGCGAGCGCCCCGGCCUUGCGGGCAGUGAGUAGAGCAAGCCAAGAACCAGGACUAAUGGCAGCAGGCGGCCACGAAAUGCGCUGUGCCAAAGGCAGCAAACGUCACAACGCCAAAGUAGAGCAAGUGCAGCUGUAACUGUAACUGUUAACCCUGGGCAGGGCGCGGGGGCAGGGUGGCAGUAGUGGAAGAGGAAGAGAGGUGGGGACGCCAAACGGAAGAAGAGGAAGAGCACAUCUUGAACUCCGUUGGCGAACGAAGAAAUGGAGCCACCAGCUGCUUCAGUGGCUCUAAAGCCCUUGGCAGCAUCUUCGUCAUGCCUGGCGGACAGGAACCCAGUGGAUCCCAUUGCAAUCAGGUCGCAGGAGGCGGAGGCGGGGGACGACGAAGAGGAGGAGGAGGAGGACGAGGAGGAUGAUCCCAAAGAGGAGGAGGCCUUCUACGAGGCGCGCAACGGCAACGAAAGCGACGAACUGGAGCAGGCCUUUCAGAGUGCCCUGACUCUGGCCAACGAUGUUCAGGUGAGUGUCAGCGAGGUGGAGGAACAGCCACUGGCAUCUGGAAACCAGGACGACCAGGAGGAUCAUCUGGAGUUGGGGGCUUGCGCACUGGCAUCGCCCAAAGACGAUAGACCCCCGGAAUGCAAGGAGUCAAGGGAACACAAGGAACCCCGCCACCAGACACUGCUCUCCACCAAAUCCUGCGAGACACCAGCCAACAAUGCCACGCUCUCGCCCACCAAUUCCUACAAUGGCAGCAUUGGCAGUGAUGGCGGCAGCAGUGUGGGCGGCGGAGCCCGUCGCAAGUCCUGGACACUGUCGCCUCAAAGUGGCGGCUCCACGCCCCUCAGCGGAGCCAAGAAGAAGACCAAGGCGGCAGGAGCACCUGCCACCACACUGUCCAAUGCAAACGGAGACGGCUUUAAUCUGUGGGUAGCACGAGAAUGCUUCGAAACAGUGCCUGCUGAGAUGGUGGAUACUCUGAGCAUGGCUGAAGUGGAUGAAGAGGUCGAGGAGGAGGAGGACGAGGAGGCGGCUGCCGUGGAGAGUCUGCUAGGAGCCGCCGCGGCCCUCCAGGCCAGUGCUCAUGUGCAGCGCCGUCAGCAGCAGCAACAGAAGCAGCAGCAGCAACAACAUCAUCAUCAUCAUCAUCAUCUCAGACAACCAUCGCCUCCACAGCAUCGUCCGCUGGAACGCUCCUGGCCGCCGCGUGCUGUAGGAAGGGACCUUAAGCUCCAAGGCGAUGUCUUCCAGUUUGACAUCCUGGACACAGAUGAGCGACUGGCCGAGGAGAUGACCCAGGGCAGUGGGAGUUCCAACAACUCACCCCUGGCCACGCCACCAGUGCGUUUUAAGCCGCUGCUUAAGAAGAAGAUCGGUCCGGACAGUUACAUCAACACCAUCAGCACACAGAAGGUACCGGUCCACCAGAGCUACGAGUUCCCCACCUUCCCCAGCUCCUCGGGUGUUGGAUCCACGUCCUCGUCGCCGAACAGUCUCCAAUUUCCAUAUUUGCGGCAGCACCGUCCACUCACCCGUGCCCUUUCCAAUGGCAAGGCAAGUUCAUCGGAGGAGCAAGCCUCCCCUCGUCUCCUGCUCUCACCAAAAAGGCAAAGAAGCCCCCCUUCGGGCUGCUCCACGCGUAGUGCCUCUCCCCUGGACCUCAGCUUGAGUCCCGAGCAGCACUCGCCCACCAGAGGCAGAGGCGUUGGCGGAGCACUUAUGGAUGCGGUGCCGCCAGGAACUCCAACAUUCCAUGGCCAGCGACCUCAGCAGCGGCUGCUCAAACGCGUGGGCGGAGGAGCCGGAGCUAGUACAACAGGCGGAGCCCCUGGAUCGCCAUUGGUGUGUCCGCCCACGCCCACUCACCAUGCCCGACGGCAUGCCCGCCUCCAAGCUGUCACUGCCAACUCCAGCCUCGCCAGCGGCGUGGGAGUCCCAACGGAUCCCCCAGCCGCCUCUAGUCAAUUGGAUUACAUCUUCCUGCAGGAUGGUAGCCAGGAGCAGGGUCAGGAGCCGCCGGACGAGGUGGUGCACAUAAGCAGCACGCGCUUGCCCUCCAUUCCAGAACGCAGUGCGGCCGCAGCAGCGGCGGCGGCGGCAGCAGCCGCUGGAGCAGCCCUGAUGGAACCGGGAUCGGGCACGGUGUCAGGAUCGAGCGGAGCCGGAGCCGCGGGAGAGCCACCACUGCCACCCGCUUGGGAGGCACGCAUGGACAGCCACGGACGCAUCUUCUACAUCGAUCACACAACGCGGACGACCUCCUGGCAGCGACCAGGAGCGGCGCCAAGUGGAGGGCCAGCGGGAAGGGAGCAGCACCAUCGCCAGCAGCUGGAUAGGCGGUAUCAGAGCAUCCGUCGCACCAUUACCAAUGAGAGUAGAGCCGCGCAGCUUUACAAUCUGCCACCUUCUGCGAAUAGCAGUGCCAAUGCCGCUGCUCCGGCUGUUCCUCCCCCCGCUUCGGCUAUCCAUCCCGCCAUCCUGAUGCUCUGCCGCCCGGAUUUCUAUUCCCUGCUGCACACCAACGAGGCUGCGCUAGCCAUCUACAACCGGAAUGCCGCCCUCAAGCACAUGGUAAUGCGCAUCCGACGCGAUCCGCAGUGCUUCCAGCGAUACCAGUACAACAAGGAUUUGGUGGCGUUAGUUAACACCUUCGCCCAGAUGGGCAGGGAACUGCCCUCCUGCUGGGAGACCAAGCUGGACCAGUCCGGCAAGCAGUUCUUUAUUGACCACCAACACCGCCGCACCUCGUUCAUGGAUCCUCGCCUGCCCGUGGAGUGUCCACGAGUGGUGCGCCAUCGCCAGCAGCAUCCGCAGCAGCAGCAGCCGGGCGUGGGAUACUACUAUCCGGAUCUGGUGGAUGGUAACUGCCUGUCGGCCACCAGUGGGCAUAUUAACGCCAGUCCGGGAUCCUCCGUGUCCGGCGUGCCGCCUUUGCCUCCGCCCAGGCCCUCAUCGUCGUCCUCGUCCAGAAGUAGCCAUGGACACGGCCACAACUGCACCACGGCGGCAGCCAUCGCCUGUGCCUAUAGCUUGCGCGGAGCAGCGGGUGGAGCCGCCGGCAUGACAGGAGCGGAAGCCACUGCAGCCGGGUACGAAGAUGUGCCCAUUGCCUACAACGAAAAGGUCAUCGCCUUCCUGCGCCAGCCGAACAUCCUGGAGAUCCUGCGAGAGCGUCAGGGGCAGCACACAAUGUCCCGACCGCUUCGUGAAAAAAUCAAUAUCCUGCGGGUGGAGGGUGUUCCCGCUCUCGAGAGAUUGGGCCAUGACCUACAACUGACCAUUUUGCUGAGCCUGUUUGAGCAGGAGAUCAUGAGCUAUGUUCCUAUUGAAGAGCGCAGUCCGCAGGGAUCGCCGGUCCUGAGUUCCCGGAUGCCACAGCGGGCGCCGCCACCGUUCCGAAGGGAUUUCGAGGCCAAGCUGCGCAGCUUCUACCGCAAACUGGAGUCCAAGGGCUAUGGCCAAGGGCCUCACAAGCUUAAACUGCACAUCCGUCGCAGCCAUUUGCUGGAGGACGCCUUCCGUCGCAUCAUGUCCGCCAACAAGAAGGACCUACAGCGCGGCCGCCUCGCCGUACUCUGGGACACGGAGGAGGGCCUGGACUACGGCGGGCCCUCCCGCGAGUUCUUCUUCCUGCUCUCCCGCGAGCUGUUCAACCCAUACUACGGACUGUUCGAGUACUCCGCCAACGACACGUACACGGUGCAGGUGUCGCCGCUGUCGGCGUUCGUGGACAACUGCCACGACUGGUUCCGCUUCAGUGGCCGUGUUCUGGGACUGGCCCUGGUACACCAGUACCUGCUGGACGCCUUCUUCACGCGUCCCUUCUACAAGGCGCUGCUGCGUCUGCCCGUGGCUCUGAGCGACUUGGAGUCGCUGGACAAUGAGUUCCAUCAGUCGCUGCAGUGGAUACGCGACAACGACAUCGGCACCGGCGUGGAUCUCGGCCUGACCUUUUGCGUCACAGAGGAGCUGCUGGGACGUGUGGUGGAGCGGGAACUGAAGCCGGGCGGCAAGAAUAUAAUCGUCAAUGAAAAGAACAAGAAAGAGUACCUGGAGCGCAUGAUCAAGUGGCGACUGGAGCGCGGCGUCCAGGAGCAGACGGAGUCGCUGGUGCGCGGCUUCUACGAGGUGGUGGACUCGCGUCUGGUCUCUGUCUUUGAUGCCCGGGAAUUGGAGCUGGUGAUUGCCGGCACUGCCGAAAUAGACACCAACGAUUGGCGCCUCAAUACCGAGUAUCGUUCCGGCUACCAUGAUAACCACCAGGUGAUCGUGUGGUUCUGGCAGGUCAUCGAGCGCUUCAGCAACGAGCAGCGUCUGCGCCUGCUCCAGUUCGUGACUGGCACCUCGAGCAUCCCCUACGAGGGCUUCUCGGCGCUGCGCGGCUCGACGGGCCCGCGGCGCUUCUGCAUCGAGAAGUGGGGCAAGCCCAAUGCCCUGCCCCGUGCCCACACCUGCUUCAACCGACUGGACCUGCCGCCCUAUCCCACGCCCGAGCUGCUCUACGAGAAGCUGCUGCUGGCCGUCGAGGAAACCAAUACGUUCGGCAUUGAGUAGGCACGUGAUAUUGCACCUCAGCCUCACUUUGUUGCACCCAAGAACACACACCCCGAAACGCUUUAUUUCGAUUUUAGAAGUUUUUUAUAACUUGCCUAAGCUUAGGAAUUCUGGAGUGAUGCAGAAAUCCCAGGGACUUGGAAGUUGGUGUCUCUGAAAGUGGACAAUGCAGUUAAGGGAAAAAGUCUUUAACAUUUCAUUCAAACCCUAUUCAAUUUAAUAUUCUACGACUUUUGGUCUAAUUGGUUUCCUAUGGAAAUCCUUAAAACAAAUAGUUAAAUUCGCAAUUUUUUGUGAGAAGUUUAGACGACUAAACACUUUCUAAGUCUUCUGAGAUUUCUGCAAGACCCAGGAUUGUACUGUAGUUAUUUAUAUACGUAGGUUACCCGUCCCCCCUAAAAACAAAGCCUAGCCGUAGACAGACUCGCUACUUUAGGCAUGGCAUCCCACUAGUUCGUAGACAAUUUGCCUUCGCCUUCGUUUGCCGUUCACUGAAUGGAAGUUACCUCAAGAGCAAAACGGCUUGCCAGCGCCGCCAGUCAUUAGUCCUAAGAUCUACACGCCCCCGGAUAACUUCUAAGCCUAAGGAUCCUUCGCUUGACUCUGCCUGAUUUACAAUCGAAACGAUGCCAACUGCCUCUAGAGAAAUUUUCGACGCGUAAUCGCUGCUGCAGAUCCAGUUUAGCAGGGUCCAAAGAAAGAGAGCAGAGCCACUCUACGCCAAUACUUAACUAGCUUAUAAUGUUGUCUUAGCCUUAACUCGAAUUCCAACUCAAAUUUAAACACUCCCUAAAUGUGUGCAUUCCAAAUAAGCGUAUUGUGGAUGUCAGUUAUUAUAGCAUAUAUAUAUAUAUAUACCUAUAUAUUUACCCCUCCUUACUCCCUUAACCCAAAAAGUAUGUAAAUUGUUUUUGAAUUUACAAACCGUUUAACUAUCCGUGUGGAAGUUGCCCUGUGCAUCCUUGCCUGCCAAUUGACCAAAUCUCUGGCCAGGACAGGCAGCACGUGCCAGCUCCGAUCGGGUAUAUAUGGUAUAUUAUAUAUACACAAAUUGGCUGCUGUUUUGCCAACGAUUAAAAAUUGGUCCAGUGCGUUGCUUCGGCUUUAUUGGUUCUUUCGGCGCAUACAAUUAACGAAAAUAUAUUAACAAAAACAUACAAAAUUCAAAACGUAGCUAAAUAAUAAACAAACGAAUGCAAAAAAAAAACAAUUUGUAGGAUUAGAAUUGAUCGAAAGCGAGAACGAAACGAAAAGAUAACUAAAUGGUGAUUUGUUUACAUGUAUUUUUGGCAUUAGUUAAUACGGAAAGCGACAGAGAAGGAAAAUCGAGAUGGAGAGAGACAGAGCGACAAACAAAGACGGUGUCAGUAAAAGAGACAGAUAUAGAGAUAAAAAACGCUUUUUGAACUCCUUAUUAAUAAAUGAAGAUUGUUUUUAAUGAAUUAUUAAUGUGCGUGUAUUUAUGAACAAAUUAACUAUAAUUAUAAACAAAUAAAUGUGAGCCUUUUACUUCAAAAGCAAA